CAAAUUGAGUAUAUUUUGUGUUUGCCGCUAGUAUACUUUCUAGCUAUCACAUUUUUUCUGUCAGUGUACAAAUACAAAAUAAAAAACCCAAAAUUAUAUCAACAAGUGUAUCACAUAUACAAAGUUGGCCUAUAUUUAUAAACGCUAUUGAAAAUUAUUAAUUAUAUUUUAUCUUCAUAAAAGUAUCCCUAUUUUUACGCGAAAUCUACAUAUUUCGUUUGAAUAAAAUGAGCUUUUAAACUUGCUUUUGUCUUUCAUGUCAAUAAUAUGUAAUAACUGUGUAAAGUGUGAAGUUUUAAACGGGGUGUAUCGGUAGUGUGUUAAACAUCUGUGUGAUUGUUACUCCAAUACUGUUUUUUAAUACCAUAUUUGAAAAACUAAUGUCUUUAUAUAUCAUAUUUGUUAUGACAUCAUCAGAUUAAAGUUAUCUGCUAGUGUUUGGAAUUAAUUUGACUGCAUAUCUCGUGAUAAUAAAAAUAAGAGAAAGUUAAUAAGUUACAAUGAUUGCGAAUGAGACUGGUUCUACAAACGCAGAUCGUAUUCACAUAAGAAUAUCUAAUGAAAAAGCGCCAUUAAUUAGUGGGCAAAAUGUUUUUCGAAAAAUCGGAAAUUUAUUCGGUCUUAUAAAAUCACCAUCAAAUCCUGAAACUGAUGGAUACGUUGAAUUUAGUAGUCUUGGGGCAAACAACAGUAGAACUCUUGGAACAUUUGCUGGAGUUUUUAGUCCAGUUACUUUGUCUAUGUUUAGUGCCUUAGUUUUUAUACGCAUGGGUUAUAUUGUUGGCAAUGCAGGAUUACUCGUCACUUUAAUACAAUUUUUAAUUGCUUACGGUAUUUUGGUAUUUACCGUAUCUUCUGUAUGUGCAAUUUCUACUAAUGGAGCUGUUGAAGGUGGUGGAGCUUAUUUCAUGAUUAGUAGAACUCUUGGUCCAGAAUUUGGUGGAUCAAUAGGAACAUUAUUUUUUAUGGCUAAUAUAGUCUCAAGUGCUUUAUGCAUCUCAGGAUGUGCUGAAGGGAUAGUAGAAAAUUUUGGUCCAAACGGUUAUUUAGUAGGUACUGAAUCCGUAAUACCUGAUGGUAGAUGGUGGAGAUUUCUUUAUUGUACAGCGCUUAACACUGCCAACCUAGUUGUUUGUCUUAUUGGAGCUUCAAUGUUUGCUAAAACAAGUGUAGCAAUUUUGGCAAUUGUCUGUAUCUGUCUUACAAGCGUGAUUUUAAGUUUUUUUAUUCAAGGAGCAAUGGAAGUUGAACUGCCUGCUGCUAACACUCUUGUACAAAAUACUACUACUCAUUUAAAUGCAACUUACACCGGACUUUUAGGAUCAACAUUGAAAUCAAAUCUUUAUUCAAAUUAUAGUGCUGAUUAUUCAAGCGGUGGAACCAUGUCAAACUUUGCCAGUGUUUUUGGAGUCCUUUUUAGCGGUGUUACAGGCAUUAUGGCAGGAGCUAAUAUGAGUGGAGAGCUAAAGAAUCCUGGAAUCAAUAUUCCUCGUGGUACAUUAUCUGCAGUUGCUUUUACUUUUAUUUGUUACAUCAUUCUUUCUAUAUUGACAGCAGCAACGACGAGCAGAUUUUUACUACAAAAUAAUUUUAUUUAUAUGAUGCCAAUUAAUUUAUGGCCACCUUUUGUAGCUGUCGGAAUUUUAACAGCAACAUUUAGUGCAGGAUUAAGCAAUUUAAUUGGUUCUAGCAGAGUUUUAGAAGCUCUUGCUAAAGAUAAUAUUUUUGGACCAGGAUUAAACUUUAUUCUUCGAGGAACAUGGAAUGGAAAUCCAAUUGCCGCUGUUUUUACAUCUUGGACAUUAGUUCAAAUUAUUUUAACUAUUGGAUCUUUGAAUGUAAUCGCUCAAAUAAAUUCAGUGUUAUUUUUAUUAAGUUAUUUAGCAACUAAUUUAGCAUGUUUGGGGUUAGAAUUGGCAAGUGCUCCAAACUUUCGACCGACAUUUAAUUAUUUUACCUGGCAUACUGCCACAUUUGGACUACUCGGAACUUUAAUAAUGAUGUUUAUUAUAAAUAGUAUUUAUGCCUCUGUGAGUAUUAUCGUUUGUUUAAUAUUAAUUAUAGUUUUACAUUUAUUUUCGCCAAGUAAAAAUGCCACUUGGGGCAGCAUAUCACAAGCGUUAAUUUUUCAUCAAGUGAGGAAAUAUUUAUUAAUGUUGGAUUCAAGAAAAGAUCAUGUUAAAUUUUGGAGACCACAAAUGCUCUUAAUGGUUUCAUCACCAAGAUCUGCUUGUCCUCUUAUUGAUUUUGUGAAUGAUUUAAAAAAAGGUGGCCUUUAUGUUAUCGGUCAUGUAAAAGUUGGUGAUUUUACUUUACAAAGUAUUGAUCCAACUAUUGAAGAGUAUCCACAUUGGUUAAGUCUUAUCGACCACUUAAAAGUAAAAGCAUUUGUGGAACUCACUAUUACAAAAACUGUUCGAGAAGGUCUUCAUCAUUUAAUUAGGAUUUCUGGAAUGGGUGCUAUGAAACCAAAUACAAUAGUUCUUGGAUUUUAUGAUGAUGAAAUCCCCCAAAAUUUCUUUCAGAGUUCUAGAUACUCAACUACGAUUUUUGAAAAUGUAGGGAUUAAUGGAAAUGGAAAUGUUUUUCGUUUGAGACAAAAUGUUAAUGAAAAAACAAUGGACUCUGUUGAAUACGUUGGAAUGUGUAUGGAUGUGUUGAAGAUGAAAAAAAAUUUAUGUUUGUGCAGACAUUUUCAUUUACUUGAUAAAAAUUUAAUUACGAAAAAUUCCAACUUGGAAUUUAUUGACGUUUGGCCAGUAAAUUUCUUUCAACCAAAUGAUCAAGAUCCAUUCGAUACAACCUCUUUGUUUAUGCUUCAAUUAGCUUGUAUUAUUAAUAUGGUAAAAAGUUGGAAUAAUUUGAAACUUCGGGUAUUUUACUGUGAAAUGGCAGAUAGUGAAAAUUCAUCUCUAAGUAUUUCUGAAUCAACGUCUACAGGAUUAGCAAGCAUUGAGUUUCCAAAAACUACAACUGAAAAUCGAAUUAAAAAAUUACUUAAUAUGUUAAGAAUAUCAGCGUCUAUUAAAAAAGUACCUAACUGGGGAAUUCAAUUUACUGAAUUGAAAGGUCGACCUCUUAUUGAAAGUAAAUAUGAAGAGGGAAGUUUUGACUCAAAUGUUGAUCCUCAAGAACUUAGUAAUAUCUCAAAAUCGUACAUUUUGAGGGUAAAUCAAUUGAUCAAAGAAAAUUCUACAAAAACAGCUACUACAUUCAUUUAUCUUCCCGCACCACCAGCAACCAAUACCUGGGAUCAAGAAUUUCUUUAUAAACAGUACCUUCAAGUUCUAACUGAACUUACCGCAGAUUUACCUCCAACUAUCCUUGUUCAUGGACUUAAUGCUGUUACAUCAACAACAUUGUAGAUAAUUUAUUACUUCUAUAAAAAUUUUCUUAAAUUUACAAUGCAUUUCACAAGAUGAUAUUCGAUAAAAGUUAUUUUAAUUAUUUUUGAUCAAUUAGUUAAAUAUGGAUUAAUCUUAUAGUUAAACAGUAUUUAAUUAAUAUUUUCACAGAUUAUAGGUAAUCGGAUAUUGUUAUAGAUGAUCCGAUAUUUAAAAUAAACCAUCACUUGAUAUUCAAUAGUUUGUGGAGAUUGAUGUAUUGAUACAUUUAUAAAAAAUACUAUAAUUUGUUUUAUAAUUAAAAUAGGAAAAAAAAAUUGAUAUAAAAAAAAGUUAAACGAUUGAAUAUCAAUCAUACUGAAUAUUCCGUAACC